AUGAUUGAAUGUGUGAUGCGCAACGUCAUGUACGUUACUUCUCUCUUCGCUGUUCUUCUUAUAUUCACUACUGGAGCCACGACUGCCAUCGAAGGUGAUAUUGAAUGCGGUGCGGCCAUGGCGUGUUUUCCUUGGAUGGGUGAAGACGGUUAUUUACCGUGUCUUCGUGGCCGGCGAAUGAAUUUGCGAUUCAUGUUGGAUUUGGCGCCGGAGAAUGUUAAUCCAGCAGAGCCGGCAAACACCAUUGCGGUGUAUGGAUUUUGUCCAGUGGUUGACCGAUUACAAAUAUUUACGUUAACGCAUGCUCCUUUUUUGGCAAGUGUUUAUGAUAAUGGCGGAACUUUGUCACUUACGCAUUCCAUAGAACGAAAAUAUCUUUCCGUAUUUGGGUUUGGUAUGUCGAACAAUACAAAAUAUCCUCAAAAAAAUAUUUCCGCAGGUGCUGUUUUGAUUGGAGUAAAUGGAAGUACGUUAUGUGGUUCUUAUCGUUCUGUUGCGUUAGUAAACACUCUAUUACUGGAUAUUGGUCUUCACAAGGGACGAUUUAAUUAUAUUGGUGCUAAAGAAGCUUCAGUACCACCAUCCACUGGAAGUAGCAGCAGUAGUGAUGAUAACAACAAUAAUAAUACACUAAUCCCAGAAGUUGUGGUGCAACCGGCGAUGGUUGGAUUUCGUCCCACUUGUAAUGAAAAUGAUGAAUGUCUAUUGGAUUCAAAUAGUGUUUGUGUGGGAACUGAAGUAGGAAAGAAAAAUUGUGCAACUUGUUAUAAUGAUCCAGAAGAUAUUAGAGAUAAUGCGCGACUACGUGUGUGGACAUCUUACUAUGGAACUGAUACGAAAGGACGCCCGUUGCUGAGUGGUGGUAUGAAUCCAUUAAAUUUUAGAGGUUUUGCUGGAAGUGGAUUUUUUAAAGAUAUUGCACAAACUCUGAAUGAUAUCAAAGGAGGAGACGUUAAUAAUAUUGCACAAAUUAUGAGUGAUAUCAAAGCAAGAACCAUCAAUAAUGUUGCACAAACUUUGGAUGAUAUCAAAACAGGAACCAUCGAUAGUAUUACAAAAACUAUGAAUGAUGUCAAAACAGAAACCAUCAAUACUAUUGCACAAACUGUGAAUGAUGUCAUGGGAGGAAACGUCAGUAUAGGAAUGUGA